AUCCACCAAAACGGUGUCUCCAAAUUAACAUUUAACCGGAACAUUUCUAAAAGCUAGAGUUCCACCAAUCCUAAAAGCCUAGAAACCACUUUCUCUGGAAGUGCUUUUAACAAGCAGAUUCUCAUUCUACACAUUUUUGUUAACUUUCUAACCUUGUUUUCUCAGUCUUCAGCAAAACUCCAUCUCAACAAUACCUUUGUUUUUUCGUCAAUGGCCAUGUCGAUCGGAUGCUCAAUAAGUUCUCCUUGCAGUUCUAGACGUUUGCAGGCUUCAGUUUUUAGACCUAGUUGUCUGAGUACUAAUCACGGGGACAGAUGUCGGUAUCUCGGAAAUCGGAACUUCUUGCAGACCCUCGUGAAGAUCCAAAAUGGUAGCCAGAAAAAGAUGGACGUGGUUGUCAAUGGUGUGGAACCAGGAGCUCCUCUUCCUUCUGGUCCUUCCGGUAAUAAUUGGAAACUAUGGCUUGUGGGGAUGCUUUUCUCAGUAGUUAUACCCUUUUGGAAAAACAAAUGGUGGCCAUUGCUAAAAUUCAAAGAGACAUUUUCAACGGCGCUGGAUACAGUGGAAGAUGUGGCAGAAAUGGUAGAGAAGGUGGCCGGGGAAGUGGAGAAGGUGGCCGAUGACAUUGCCGAUCAUCUUCCAGAAGGAAAACUUCAAAGGGCAGCAAGGAUUGUUGAGAGUGUGGCAAGAGAAGCAGCCAAGGAUGCUGCGCUAGCAGAUGAUCUCAUUGAGCAGGUUGAGGGUGUCGAAAAGGAAGUGGACUCUGUCAUUGAGCAAGCCAAUCAGAAAAUCAAAGAAGAAGAUGAUACAGAAAAUCAGGCAGCAAAAAUCAAAGACGCGACGGAGAUUAAAGCUAAGAUAGCAGAGAUCAAAGAAGUGAAUGCUGUUAAAAACGAGACAAUAAAAAGCUGAGGCAGCCUGCUAACUCAAAGUAGCAACUCAUGUAUUUUAUUUUAUGGAAAACUAGAUUUUAAUUCUUAAAUAAAAUGAAGUUCAAAAAAAUGUUUUAUACAAGAUUAAAAAUAAUUUUAGUCCUUAGAUUCUAUUUAAUGUCACUAUAUGCAUUUAAUA